ACAAGCGGCCGGGAGCCUGGCGUGGUCCCCUUGGCUUGCUUUCCGGCGGGUGUGAGAUCCAGGCGCCUUUACCAUCCCGUUUCCAGCUUGGUGCCGCUCCGACUGCAGGUCUGGCAUCUGGCCCCGGAGACGGCUGCUGUGUGGGGAGACAGCGGAGCUAGGCGGAUGUUGACACACGAGGUGACCUUGGUGUAGUCUUCCGUGGUGUCGAGCAACGGCCCCGGUUCGUGCGCGGGCCUGUUCAAGGUCCUCUUUUGAGUGGCUGAGGACACAGCUAGGUCGGUGCGAGUGGCUGCGCUGUGGCGGGAGCACCCGAACGCGCGGGGGGGGCCGGAGGAGAUGCCCCUCCACGUGAAAUGGCCAUUCCCCGCCGUGCCGCCGCUCACCUGGACCCUGGCCAGCAGCGUCGUCAUGGGCCUGGUGGGCACGUACAGCUGCUUCUGGACCAAGUAUAUGAACCACCUCACCGUCCACAACAAGGAAGUGCUCUAUGAGCUCAUCGAAAACCGAGGCCCUGCCACCCCCCUCAUCACCGUCUCCAAUCACCAGUCCUGCAUGGAUGACCCGCAUCUCUGGGGGAUCCUGAAACUCCGCCAUAUCUGGAACCUGAAGUUGAUGCGUUGGACCCCAGCAGCUGCAGACAUCUGCUUCACUAAGGAGCUACAUUCCCACUUCUUCAGCUUGGGCAAGUGUGUGCCCGUGUGCCGAGGAGAUGGAGUGUACCAGAAGGGGAUGGACUUCAUUUUAGAGAAGCUCAACCAUGGGGACUGGGUCCACAUCUUCCCAGAAGGGAAAGUGAACAUGAGUUCCGAGUUCCUGCGCUUCAAGUGGGGAAUUGGACGCCUGAUUGCCGAGUGUCACCUAAACCCCAUCAUCCUGCCGCUGUGGCAUGUUGGAAUGAAUGAUGUCCUUCCCAAUAGCCCACCCUACUUCCCCCGCUUUGGCCAGAAAAUCACCGUGCUGAUCGGGAAGCCCUUCAGUGCACUGCCUGUGCUCGAGCGGCUCCGGGCAGAGAACAAGUCAGCUGUGGAGAUGCGCAAAGCUCUGACAGACUUCAUUCAAGAGGAAUUCCAACGCUUGAAGACACAGGCCGAGCAGCUCCAUCACCACUUCCAGCCUGGGAGAUAGGCGUUGUCCCACUCAGUCUGGCUGCUGAGAUCUGAG